AUGGAGGCGUUUUUGACCUCGUUGGGAAUUGGGAGAAGCAUAACAAUUCAGACUUGGGUUUGGCCAGAAAGAAAGUUCCCGCUCUCGCUCUGGGUUGGCGGCAGCUGCAGGAGCAGCAGUGAAGGGACCAAACCCAUUUUUCGCUUGACAUUCAUCCAUGAAAUGAGCAGUUCAAGGGAGAGCUCCCCGGAUUGGUUGCGUACUUUUCAGGUGCCGUCUCAUUCCCCUUUGACACUGUCCUCUGAUUCUGGGUCUUUACGGGAUGGCGGAUCUCGGAAUGAGGAUAAAACCGAUGAUGAAGGCUCUUCUCCAAAAUCUUCCCAAUCUUUGAAGGUCACCGGGAGUAAGAGAAAAACACCAGUGAGUCCUGAAGUUGAAGAUCAAACACCAUCCAAAAGAAAGAGAUUGGACAGGAAAAAGACCAAAGAAGUAAGCAAAGAGGAAAAGAAGUCAGUGAAUGAAUCAAACAUGGACAAGCAUAUAGAGCAUAAAGAAUCUAUUCAUUCAGUUUGGACACUAUCAUCAGAUUCCGAGUCGCUCCAUGAUCAUAGCCCAAAAAGAGAAGAUCAUACUGAUCAGGUGGAAAGUUCUCAGCACCAACUAUCAGGGGCAGAAGAUAGUGCAGAUGGACUUGUUUUUGGUAAGGAUGGAAAGGUUCCAUCCAAAAAUGGUUCAAAAGAGAAGUCUUCACAAAAACAAAUAGAUGAAGACAGUCAGACACCAGUUAAAGGGAAGAAAAUAAAGGGCAGUGCAAAGGAAAAAGGUAGUGGUGGAGAUGUGAAUGUUGAAGAGGAAGAAACUUGUGAAAAGCUUGCUGAAUCAGAUGUAAGAACUGAUAAGGUUUCCUCCACCAGGUUGCCUUUGAUGCUUUCUGAAAAAGUCCAUCGUACAAAGGCACUCAUUGAGUGUCAAGGUGACUCCAUAGAUCUUAGUGGUGAUGUCGGUGCUGUUGGACGGAUUAUAGUUUCGGAUUCAACAUCUGGUGAUCAGGAAAUGUAUUUAGACUUGAAAGGAACAAUAUACAAAACAUCAAUAGUUCCUUGCCGGACAUUUUGCGUUGUUAGCUUUGGACAGUCUGAGGCAAAGAUUGAGGCCAUCAUGAAUGACUUCAUACAGCUGAAGCCACAGUUUAACGUAUAUGAAGCGGAAACUAUGGUUGAAGGGACACUGGAUGGUUUCUUCUUUGAUUCGGAUGAGGAGGCUGGUAAGAUGCAGAAAUCAACUAACCAAACUGAUCAAAAUGAGAACGGUGAGGAACAAGCUAAUGGUAAAUCCAAAGGGAAGGCUGACAAAACAGCAGCUGUAGAAAAGAAAAGAGGUAGAAGUACAGGAGGAAAACCACAAGCAAAGAUAGCAAAGAAAAAAACUCCAGCCGGAUAUUAUGAUCAAGAAGGGCACUUUGUUCACUAG